AUGUCCGGACAGAUCAAAUUAAGCUCGGUCUCAUAUGCAUAUCGUAUUAGUAAGGAGAGCGACAGGAAGAAUCUUCUCAUAUUUUCAGCAAGAAGAAAAGCUACGGGAGAUUCAAAAACUAUGACAAACAAAACAAAGGAUUUGUUCAUAGCAAAUGUUGUGAUUUUCAUUUUGGUCAGUUGA